UCACAGACGGGUCAUGUGACCUGACACGGAAGUCCUCUGUGCAGCAGCCCAGGUUCGUCCAUGGGCAGUUUCACCGUCAAAGUGCUAUAAACCUAUAAAUAGCCGACACCACAGUUCUCAGUCGGCCCAGUGAGCGUUUCCAUAUUGUUGUGGUCUCUCUGACAACGACCAAACGUCCUGUUUACUUCUUGCUGGCCAUGGCGCACGUCCAGUGAGCUGUGUUUGUGUGCCCUCGCAGCUCCGACUGCACUCGUCCCUCCAGCUAGCUGAAACAAGUCACAGUGUCAUGCCGGUCCCAGCCAUGGCAGAGCCCACGGUCGAUCACCAGAGACGGUUUCAGGCUGCUGUGGAUGUCAUCCAUAACCUCCCUAAAAACGGCUCCUACCGGCCAUCAUACGAGAUGAUGCUGCGCUUCUACAGUCUGUACAAGCAGGCCGUAUGUGGACCCUGUGUAGUGUCUCGACCUGGCUUCUGGGACCCAAUUGGUCGCUACAAAUGGGAUGCCUGGAGCCAGCUCGGAGACAUGAGCAGUGAGAGAGCCAUGGCAGCGUAUGUGGACGAGAUGAAGAAAGUAGCACAGGAGGUCAUCGACACCAUGCCCAUGAAUGAGAAGACGGCCACGCUCUUCCACCACUUUGAGCCCCUCUACCUGGUGAUUGAUGACAUGCCGCGGCCUCCAGAGUCCCUGCUCACAAUCAGAGAAGGUCUGAAAGGCAGCGAGCACGCUGACAGGCCAGCAGAGAUGAAGGAUGACGAUGGGGAGGAGCAGCGCGGCCCUGAAGGAGACUCUUUUCUUCCAGAGAGGGCCGAGGCAGAUCAGGAUCAGUUCAGCCUGUCUGAGGUCAUUGACCUCUCUGCCAAUAUCAUCCAUAAUGACUCUGGUGUGUCUGAGGGUUUGGUGCUGACCAGCGACUCGGAGAGCGAGAUCUUCUGUGACUCUGUGGACUCCAUGGAGCAACUCGGCAACGUCAAGAAUCCAGUUGUCAAAUCCAACGGUUUUCACAACGGCAACGAGUCGUCGGAGUCGUCUCCGGUUCAGAGCCAGCAGCUGGAAGGCCGUCUGGAGGUCAGACAGGUCGGAGCAGGUCAGGGCGGAGAAGGGGCCGAGGAUGGAAAGGGUCAGGGCCCCAACAGAAGGAGUCGAGACACCGGGAGGGAAGCGCCCUACCAUAACUGGAGAGAACGUGGUAUUCCUCAGGGCAGUCCAAGGCGGGGCGCCCAAGGAGGUGGCGGUGGUGGUGGUGCAGGACGAGGAGGAGGGGACGGCUCGGAGGGAGGGGUGGAGAGGCUGCAUGAUGCUCAGCUGCAGCAGCAGAUCAUCCUGGCCCUGCGGAGGCUCAGAGAGGACAUGAGGAGCGUGAUGGACAGGUUGGAGGUGGUGGAGAGACUGGCUGCUACACAUACCCAGGGUUCAGAGUGGAGACCAUGCCUGCAGUGUGCAGCCACAGCCUCACAACAACAGGAGGAGAGGUGGUGGCCAUUCGAUGUGUCGGGUCAGACCAUCCUCUUCCUGCUGUGGCCGUUUGUUGCUCAGGGUCUGGUCUACCUGCUGAGGAAGGCCCAGAAAAGGAGUCGCAUAUCUUCAUGAAGGGAGUGGAUCAAGACAUUCAACCAUUCACUACAGUGAACCACCGGUGCAAGAAGUUUAAUUUCUAGAGCAGAAAGGAUUGAAUCAGAGUUGAAUUCAUUGGACUUGGCAUCGUCCUCCCUCAUUGUGUGCACUGAGAGGGGGGAGAGAAGUUUGUUGCUUCCUGCUUGGAGAGAAGUGUAGCUGGCUGCUCGUUCACAUCAGGAUCCAGACAUCCUGUCACUCACUACGGCAAAUUUAAAUUAUUCAAGAGGAUUAAUCAGCUGGCUUCUGAUUGGCAGCAGGGAGCAGAUAUGGAUCAUAAUGACCUGGAUAAGUGCUAACACUGAUCAUGACGAGCCUGAAUGAAAAAUCUUGGAUUAUAGUAUUACGUUAUCCAAGUUAGUGAGACAUAAUGGCAAUUCACCAUAUUCCAUUUAGUUUGGGUUAUGCUCAACUGUCUUUUCUAAUAUACAGAAUAUAUCAGUAUCACAAACAGCACGGUGCAGCCAAAGUGUCUGCUGUUCAAUCAAACUGUCUGCAGUCAUGUAGUACCAAUAAUGUCCCCUUGUCUUUGCUGCAGCUGUAUAUUGAUAAAUGUCUCUAUGGCUACACUUGUCAUUUCAUUGUGAUUUGUAAGAUCUGAUUGUUGGCAGUCUUACAAUCAAACAGUUGCAGCACAAGAGUAUUGACAAACUGUACAUUAUGAGAUCAAGAAUACAACUUUGGAACAGAGUGACAGCAAUUCUGUGUAUUAUUUUGUGGGUCCAAUAUCAAAGUUAACAUGCCCACAUUGUUUUGUUUGAAGUCCUUUGCGACUCCGUGUGUAAUCCGAUGAUUAAUUACACUGAAAUGACAAGUGUAAUUGAGACUCAUGUCACUAAACAUUACAAGAACUGUUUUCACAACUGCCCUGUAGUGAACAGUCAUGUAAAAUACUAAUUAAAAAGUCUAUAUUGAAUAGAA